AUGACACGCCAACUUCACCCCCUCGAGGUUAACCCCAAAACUGGGGAACCAUUCCUCCGGCUUCCAGCACCACACCAGAACAUCAUUAUCACCCCACCUCGACAGGGAGAUCAGUCCGUGCUCACACAGCAUAUGAACGAUCCAGCUAUUUACGGAUGGAAAGUGUCACCCCCAGUGCCGUAUCUACCGGAACAUGCAGACGACCGGAUCCAGCUUAUAAAAGAGGAAUGCGAUGCUACUUUGGAGUAUCUGCGGAAGAGCCAGGAGGAUUUCCCUAAUGGCCCGCUUCAGUUCGUGGAUGUGAGCCCUGUGCGGUACCUUAGGGAAGUCAAAGAGAAUGGAGAAGACGUUCUGCUAGGAGAAGUGAGUUUCAAAAGAAGUCCAUUCGAGGAGGUACUAGAUGAAGUAGAACGGAAGCGACUGCGAGAAGAGAAUGCAAAAAAGCAAGCAGGCGACCCGACAAUUCAGUAUGCUUUCGGAGACUGGCUUGCUACGAGCCACCACGGAAAGGGCAUUAUGACUGCAGCAGUCGGUCUCUUGCUGAGCGCAUGGGCAAUCCCUAGGAUGAGUGCCCGUCAUGUGGUGGCACACACUUUUGCUGGGAAUAUUGGCAGCAACCGUGUUUUCGAGAAGAACGGGUUCGUGAACAGAGGGCUGUUCGACAACGGGAAGACGGUUAGAGGAGAGAGAAAGAAAAUGACCCUUCUUGAGUGGAAACAUGACCAAGUUUAG